GCGAGGGGGUGUGGAGCGUGGGUUGAUGGUGCCGCCAGUGCCGCCGCCACACGGAGGGACGGAGGUGCGCAGCCGAGUUUCAAAUUUUGCGCCGUGAGCUGACCCGUAUAGCGACCGCCUCGGUGAAUCCGGGACGCGGCAACAACUGGUCGGGCUACCACCGUGACCCCCGUGCUCAUUCGCCGCCGCGUGCGUUUCUGGGACCCAGAGAACGCCUGAGACGCGCCUUUAGCAGCGCAUCCCAAAAGAAACCGCCAGAGGCCGCUAUUUCCGUUGUUUCACCACGUUUCAUACUUCCGUCUUUGUGCGAGGGACUGUAUUGUUGUGUUUAGAGGGGGGAAAUAACUGGGGGUAGCCCGUGACUGUGCUAGAAUUCCGAUCUCUACACUCCUGCAGUUGGGAGUUGUGGGGGAGAUAAUGGAUACAACAUUAUCGGAAGAGAAAAAUGUCCCGACUCAGGCCACGCAACUAUGUGAAUCUACGAAGCAGUGUGGUGGUACAGGUGGACACCCAGCUUCCCUGGCUGACCGCGAGCGCUGCCUGGUCACCUUUGACACCUGGCCCGAGGAGGUGCAGACGCAGUUUGUCGAGGCGUUGCUCUCGCGUAUGUCGCACUGCCAGCACUCCCGCAUCAGCACCUUCCUCAGGCCCAUGUUGCAGCGAGACUUCAUCUCCUUGCUGCCCAAGAAAGGUCUUGACCAUGUGGCAGAGGCCAUUUUGUCGUACCUGGACGCUCGCAGCCUAUGUGCAGCCGAGGCAGUGUGCAGGGAGUGGCGGCGAGUGGUGGCGGAGGGUGGCUUGUGGCGCAAACUGAUGGAGCGGCGCGUGUCGACGGACCCUCUGUGGCGUGGCCUGGCCGAGCGCAGGUGCUGGAUGCAGUACCUGUUCAAGCCGCCGCCGGGCGAGCCGCAUCCGGACCACAUGUUCUACAGGCGUCUUUACCCACGUAUCAUCCAAGACAUUGAAAGCAUAGAAAACAACUGGAGGUGUGGCAGGCACAAUCUCCAGCGCAUCAACUGCCGUUCGGAAAACUCCAAGGGUGUCUACUGCUUGCAGUAUGAUGACACCAAAAUUGUAUCCGGGUUGCGAGACAAUACAAUCAAGAUAUGGGACAGGGCAUCCCUUCAGUGCGUCAAGGUGCUGACAGGUCACACGGGAUCAGUGCUGUGCUUGCAGUACGACGACAAGGUCAUAAUUUCAGGGUCGAGUGACUCGACUGUCCGGGUUUGGGACGUCAAGUCAGGGGAGAUGGUGAACACACUCAUUCACCAUUGUGAGGCAGUGCUGCACCUUCGUUUCAACAAUGGCAUGAUGGUCACCUGCUCCAAGGAUCGCUCGAUUGCUGUCUGGGACAUGGUGGCUCCCCGUGAGAUCAACCUGCGGAGGGUGCUAGUCGGACACCGGGCAGCUGUGAAUGUGGUGGACUUUGAUGAGCGCUAUGUGGUGUCUGCUUCUGGUGACCGCACCAUCAAGGUGUGGGGUACCCCGAACUGCGAGUUUGUGCGCACCCUCAACGGGCACAAGCGUGGCAUCGCCUGCCUGCAGUAUCGUGAUCGGCUAGUGGUCUCUGGCAGCUCGGACAACACCAUCAGGCUCUGGGACAUAGAGUGUGGUGCCUGUCUGCGUGUGCUGGAGGGGCACGAAGAGCUGGUGCGCUGCAUCCGCUUCGACUCGAAGCGCAUUGUCUCUGGCGCCUACGAUGGCAAGAUCAAGGUCUGGGACCUGGCGGCAGCCCUGGACCCUCGAGCUCCUGCGGGCACCCUGUGCCUGAGAACACUUGUGGAGCACAGUGGCCGAGUGUUCCGGCUCCAGUUCGAUGACUUCCAGAUCGUCUCGUCUUCGCACGACGACACCAUUCUCAUCUGGGACUUUCUGCAUUUGCCCUCGGAAGCUGCGUCCUCCCCCCUGCCACCCCGUACCUACACCUAUGUGAACAAGUGACACCCACUGUCCCCCGGGGAGACUGACUCUUGAGACUGGGCACGAUGUGGACAGUGCUGGGCCAGUGGUGGCAUUUUCUUUGUGGAAGGGGAGGUGCUUGUUGUAAGGUUUUUCUUUCUAACUCAAUCAGUGGUUGAUGAGACGGCUGCUGAGGAUUUUGAGACUGUGGGGGUUCCACCUUUGGCUUUGUGAUAGCUUUGUGACAGGUGUGGUGCUGCCCUGGAGGGUUAGUGAAGUGUCCUGCAACAGCAAGCAAAGUACUCUAUAGGCUCGUGUGUUGGUUUGUCUCCUGGGUGGCCCAGGGCGCCCAACCUCCCGAGAGCGGUGAACGAAGCGCGUUUGGUGUCGCGGACAAUGUAGAUCCUCGAGGUGUUACUCGGUUCCCUAACAAUCUAGCUUGACCCCUCUGCUGUCGGGGGCUGCUCUUGGCCAGGAGCCUUUCCCGUAUGGGCUGUGCAGGCAGCUCUUGGCCCUGGUGUCCUGGCAAUCUUCCAUCCCAGAACUUGGAUGCUGUAUAGCUGGAUUUUUGAUUGGUGGGCUGCUUUUGAUUCACCAGUCGUGGGAUGGGCAUUUGUACACAACUGGGUCCCCAAGCGUUGUGGUGGCGGCAGUCACUCCCAGAGCUUAGCAAGUCCAGCCAGGAUGCUGGCUCCCCUAACAAGCCCACCCUGUUUCCUGGGUGCGAUGGUGGAACUAGGCCUUGUUGUGAGUGUUACUUUUUGAGAUACGAGAGCUGCAGUAGAACUACAUUGGCUGUGCUCUUCUCUCUGGGUGUGUGUGUGUGACUGUGUGUGUGUGCAAGCGUGGUGUCCGUGUUUGGAGGAUGUUGUUGCAUCACCUGGUGUCUCCUGCAAGGAUCUGUUUUGAAUGGUGAAGCAAACUUUUCACUCAAGGUGCAAUUGAUGUUUGCUAAUGACCCUAGUUCACAGCUGCCUCUUCGGCUUGUUGAACUUAGAAUGACCAAGAGAGGAACUCGUUUAUAAAGAUAGUGGCUUGAGGCGAUUGAGGGUUAUUUAUUUUUCACGGGUUUGCCAGGAAAUUGGUUUGGAAUGGUCACCUUGAUGAGAUAUUUGCCUGCAUUCCAAAGCUGCUUUAUGGAGCAAGAAGAAAAAAGUUGUAGCAUUUUUGAUUGUAAAUAAAUGAUGUUGCCAGUAGGAAUUCA